AUGAAGCGCAGACGAGACGGGGAGAGAGAAGUACGACAUGCAACAAAGGUCUCAAGGAGUCAAACCUACAGCAUCGUGCAGACCUGCGUCUUUACCGACUACACUGACGACUACACUGACGAGUACACUGACGACUACACUGACGACUACACUGACGACUACACUGACGACUACACUGACGACUACGCUGACGACUACACUGACGAGUACGCUGACGACUACACUGACGACUACACUGACGACUACACUGACGACUACGCUGACGACUACACUGACGACUACACUGACGACUACGCUGACGACUACGCUGACGACUACGCUGACGAGUACGCUGACGACUACGCUGACGACUACGCUGACGACUACGCUGACGACUACGCUGACGACUACGCUGACGACUACGCUGACGACUACGCUGACGAGUACACUGACGACUACACUGACGACUACACUGACGAUACGCUGACGAGCUACGCUGACGAGUACGCUGACGAGUACGCUGACGAGUACGCUGACGACUACGCUGACGAGUACGCUGACGACUACGCUGACGAGUACGCUGACGACUACGCUGACGACUACGCUGACGAAUACGCUGACGACUACGCUGACGAGUACGCUGACGACUACCCUGACGACUACGCUGACGACUACGCUGACGACUACGCUGACGACUACGCUGACGACUACGCUGACGAGUACGCUGACGACUACGCUGACGAGUACGCUGACGACUACGCUGACGACUACCCUGACGAGUACGCUGACGACUACGCUGACGACUACCCUGACGAGUACGCUGACGACUACGCUGACGACUACGCUGACGAGUACGCUGACGAGUACGCUGGCGACUACGCUGACGACUACGCUGACGAGUACGCUGACGAGUACGCUGACGACUACGCUGACGACUACGCUGACGACUACGCUGACGAGUACGCUGACGACUACGCUGACAUGUUGGAAGAAGCUGAAACAGGCGGGUUUGCAUUGUAA